UUCCGCCGAGGAGAAACUCAAGAUUUGCAUCGGUUGGCGCUAUUUCGAGCUCACGUGAAGAUGGAUCUGCCAAAUAUCCUGCUCGGCACUCUGGCUCUGCUCCUUGUAGGCGGGGAUCUCUUCACCAGAGCCAUGCUGAGUGACAUUGGGGACUAUGUCGGUACCGACAUUGAAAUCUCCUGGUUGCCGAACCUGGAUGAGCUCAUGAAGGGCUAUGCCCGAAACUUUCGCCCGGGCAUCGGAGGCCCCCCCGUGAACGUGGCGAUGGCGAUUGAAGUGGCCAGCAUCGAUCACAUCUCCGAAGCCAACAUGGAGUACACCAUGACCGUGUUCCUGAGGCAGAGCUGGCACGAUGACCGCCUGUCCUACAACCACACCAACAAGACGCUGGGAUUGGACAGCCGCUUCGUAGACAAGCUUUGGCUGCCCGACACCUUCAUCGUCAACGCCAAAUCGGCUUGGUUUCACGACGUGACCGUGGAGAACAAACUGAUCCGCCUGCAGCCCAACGGCGUCAUUCUAUACAGCAGCCGAAUUACCUCAACGGUGGCAUGUGACAUGGACCUGACAAAGUACCCCAUGGACGAACAGGAGUGCAUGCUUGACCUGGAAAGUUAUGGUUACUCCUCAGAGGAUAUCGUGUACCACUGGUCGGAAAGCCAGCGGCACAUCCACGGCUUGGACAAACUGGAGCUGUCACAGUUCACCAUCACAGACUAUCGCUUUGUCACGGAGAUGAUGAAUUUCAAAUCUGCGGGAAGAUUUCCAAGACUGAGCCUUCGCUUCCAGCUAAGACGUAACCGAGGCGUGUACAUCAUCCAGUCAUAUAUGCCUUCCAUAUUACUGGUCGCCAUGUCAUGGGUGUCCUUUUGGAUCAGCCAAUCGGCGGUCCCUGCUCGUGUAUCCUUAGGUAUCACGACGGUUCUGACCAUGACCACGUUGAUGGUGAGCGCCCGCUCCUCCCUGCCUCGCGCAUCAGCCAUCAAGGCGCUGGACGUCUACUUCUGGAUCUGCUACGUGUUCGUGUUCGCCGCACUCAUCGAGUACGCCUUCGCUCAUUACAAUGCUGACUACAGACUUAAAGAGAAAGCCAAGGUGAAGGCCAACAAGCUCGGUUCUGAGUCCAUCGUGAAGAACGGCAAGCAGGCCAUGGUUCUGUUCUCCCUGUCGGUCACCGGUAUGAACCAAGGCGUGGUCAUUUCCAAUCGCCACAGCCGAGCGCAGCGCUCCAGCAGCGAGAUCCCGGGGGAGGCCGUCUCCGAAGAGUCCGAGUCCAGGAGGAGGUCCGGACAGAUGAAAGAUAGCGAGGAAGAAAAGAAGUGCUGCUCCAAGUGCGUCUGCAAGCCCAUCGACGCCGACACCAUCGACAUCUACGCCAGGGCCGUCUUCCCUUUCACCUUCGCCGUGGUCAAUGUCAUCUACUGGGUGGCGUACACCAUGUGA